AUGCCUAUCCUUGAGUGCUCCAUAGAAGCUUCAGGGGCGUUUGUCAAUUUUCGGUUGGCGAUGACGAAGCGUGGAUAUUUCUGCCUAGUGCCACGAUAUACACGGCUUCAUGAUGCAGUGAGCAUCUUGGUAGGGUAUGGCCUAAGUGUAAUUAUUCGUCCCUGGCAACCACCCUCACUUCGCGAGAACAGUGGCCAAUGUCAUAAAAAUCCUCCGGGCGCCACAGAGAAGUCAGAAUACUUUGAACUAAUUGGAGAUUGCUUUAUCCACGGGAUGAUGAACGAAGCUCCAUGUCUCAUCGAAGAGUUCAAUUGA